CGCGCCCCGGCCGCCGGCGGGCGCCGCCGCCCCGAUGCCCGAGCCCGGCCCCAGGAUGAACGGCUUCUCGCUGGGCGAGCUCUGCUGGCUCUUCUGCUGCCCGCCCUGCCCCAGCCGCAUCGCCGCCAAACUGGCCUUCCUGCCGCCCGAGCCCACCUACACUGUGCUGGCGCCCGAGCAGCGCCGCGCGCCGGACCCGGACCCGGGCCCGAACCCCGAUCCGGCCCCAGACUCCGGCGCGAGCGCGGCCCAGCCGCCCCCCGAGGCCCCGGACCCGGGCGCGUGCAGCCUGCGGCUGAGCGAGCGCGCCGACUGGCAGUACUCGCAGCGCGAGCUGGACGCGGUCGAGGUCUUCUUCUCGCGCACGGCGCGCGACAACCGGCUGGGCUGCAUGUUCGUGCGCUGCGCGCCCGCCGGCCGCUACACGCUGCUCUUCUCGCACGGCAACGCCGUGGACCUGGGCCAGAUGUGCAGCUUCUACAUCGGCCUGGGCUCGCGCAUCAACUGCAACGUCUUCUCCUACGACUACUCCGGCUACGGCGUCAGCUCGGGGCGGCCCUCGGAGAAGAACCUGUACGCCGACAUCGACGCCGCCUGGCAGGCGCUGCGCACGCGGUAUGGUGUCAGCCCCGAGAACAUAAUCCUCUAUGGUCAGAGCAUCGGGACCGUCCCCACUGUGGACUUGGCCUCGCGGUACGAGUGUGCAGCUGUAAUUCUCCACUCCCCUCUGAUGUCUGGUUUGCGCGUAGCCUUUCCAGAUACCAGGAAAACCUACUGCUUUGAUGCUUUCCCCAGCAUCGACAAGAUCUCCAAGGUCACCUCUCCUGUACUGGUCAUUCAUGGUACAGAGGAUGAGGUCAUCGACUUCUCCCAUGGGCUGGCGAUGUAUGAGCGGUGUCCCCGCGCGGUGGAGCCCCUCUGGGUGGAAGGGGCUGGGCACAAUGACAUAGAGCUUUAUGCACAGUACCUGGAAAGACUGAAACAGUUCAUAUCUCACGAGCUUCCUAACUCCUGAAGAACACAGCUCAACCUUACCUCAUCUACUGUGAACAGACGGGUCCUCUGUUUUGCACAUGCUUUAACGGAUAGCCCGAUAGCCACGAAGAGGUGCCCAGCCCUUUGGGUGUUCUCCUCGAAGAGCUCAUGCAAUCUCAGUCUUUUGUAUCUAGAAGUUGUUCUACUAACUCCCACCACACACGUACUCCCAGCUUCCUCGCCUGGCUGGAUCGGGAACGCGAGCCGACCUGGGGACCGUCUUCUAGUGCUGUAUAAAGUGUGCUCUGCCUGUGUCGCCCUCGCCCACCACCUCCGAUUCAUCACCACGGGGCUCAACCCUCCCCCACCACUCUUCGCAGUAUUCCACGUGCAGCUCGCUCUCCGCCACUGGGUUUGGGGUCAACCAUUUGUGAAGCUGUGCUAGUGUAACUGGAAAACUCUCGUGGUGAAAAUCCCUUUAUUAAUUCUUGUUAACAUAUCGAUCUUUCCCCAGAUGAAUGAGCUAAAGGGUAAUUUACUGAAACGAUCACAAACAGCUUCAUGCACUGUAACCCUAUAAAUAUAACUGGAAUAUUCUUAAAUGAAAGGAACCUGGGGUUUUUUAAGUGUAAAUUUAUUACUAGCCAACAGAGUUUUAAUAUUUUGAUUGUCUGGUUGGUCUAACAAAGAGCCUGGCCAACUCUCUCCUCCUAUAAAGCCCUCCUUGUAGGCUUUUUUAAAGUACUGUACAUAUUUGCAAUUACAUUGUGCAUAGAUUCUUAUUGGGUAGUUUUCUUUUGUGGGGCUACAACAAUGAACUGCAAAUUCCUUGUUUGUAAUAUAAAUGAUUGAAUACAUUUUGUUAAUAUGUUUUUAUUCCUAUGUUUUGCUAUUAAAAAAAUUUUAUAACAUUUCCAAGACAAAAAUUCCAAGUUUAUGCUUUGAAGAAUUUAUGUAAUUAAAAAUUUCACUAAACUACUCUUUUUAGUUUAGGAGUUUUUCGGGUGUUGACACUGGAGUGGCACCAGAUAAGCAUCGGAAAUGUAAGAUGCUUACAAUUGCUACAUGACUUGUAUCGGUCGGGGGUUUGGGUCUGGGGGUCCUCUGGUUUUAAUUCUUUUUCAAAUUUAAAAGCCUUAAAUGUCCUGUGAGCCUCUGAUCAUUGUACACCUGGAUUGCGGUUGGUUGCCGGUUUGUGUCCUGUUGCGUGGCUGCGGCACAGUGGUUGGUAAUGGAAUAAAGGAUGCAUGGAUCAGAA